CUUGCCUCGGAAAAAAACUUCGAACCCUAAACCGCGGAACGCGCGAAUGAGAAGGUGUCGACGGGACCAGCGAAGCGGAGGUCGUGAGAUUUGCGCAUUAAGCUAAAUCCGACCUGUGUCCGGCUUCAGCCCGAGCCACGAUGGCGAAGACGACUGUAGCGACGACGGGGACGAAGAAGAUUUGAAGCCAGGAAGUCGCGGCGACAGCUCGACGGACCUUUACUGCUAUAUCGCGUAAAGUUUCCGAACUUUUGGAUUCAGCAAAUCCGGGAUUUACGGCAAUACGGGAGAAGGGAGACAUCAAAUUUCUGCGGAGAAGAACAAUCACUUUGUUUUAUGUUACUUUUUGUAAUUGUCCUCAACAUAAAAGGGUGAUCUGCUGAGCAAUAUAGACGAACUCUGCAAUGGCUCAGUCAGGAAGCAAUCCAGUUGGUGUGGACAACACCUUUAGAAGAAAAUUUAACCGAGAGGAGUAUUUGGAACGAGCUCGUGAAAGAGAGCAACAGGAAGAGGAGGCUAGAAGUAAGCCUAAAGGAAAAGCUCCUCCAAUCCAACGAAAACCUCUAAAGCACCGAGACUAUGAGGUUGACCUUGAGUCACGACUUGGGAAGACUCAGGUUGUCACUCCAAUUGCACCACUAAGUCAGCAGGCUGGUUACUACUGUUCAGUUUGUGAGUGUGUUGUGAAGGAUUCAGCAAACUACCUGGACCAUAUUAAUGGAAAGAAACAUCAGAGGGCUUUGGGUAUGUCAAUGCGAGUGGAGCGUGCAUCUCUUCAACAGGUGCAAGAUCGGUUCGAUAAACUUAAGAAGCAGAAAGUAGCCGGUAGCUUUUCUGAGCAAGAUCUGGAUGAUAGGAUAAUGAAACAGCAGCAAGAGGAGGAAGAGCGCAAGAGGCAACGUCGGGAACGUAAGAGAGAAAAGAAGAAGGAGAAGGCUGCAGAGGAAGAGCCUGAGGUUGAUCCAGAUGUGGCAGCCAUGAUGGGAUUCGGAGGUUUUCGUUCAUCGUCGAAGAAAUAAAAUGAAGUUGGAACCUAAUUAUAGCUGAUAUUUCUCCAUUUCUGCAGCUCAAGCUCCAGCCCAGACUAGAAAUUCUAGGAAGAGAAGACAAAAAAAAAAUAAAAAAAAAAUCAAUUUUGAGUAGCACUCCAGAUUGAUCUUGUGGUGUUAAGGUGUUUAGUGAUCAAUGUUUCGCAAAGGAUGAGUAUUUUAUUUAUAAGGCUUGUCUUUAAUUGAUGCUGUUUCUUGUUGUGCUGUUCAUUGAUCUAGUUUCUGAUUA